AUGUGGUCGUCUUCCGCGACGCACAAAUCAGGUGAGGACCGUCCCCAGACACGAGACACAUUGCCCGCUGCUGGUGUUUUAAAUUGCGUUUCGCCGCAGGAGUUGUACAGGUGUGUGACGGAGGAGUACCACCGGAGUGGAAUCGCUGUCGAGCAGGAGCGCGGCCGUAUUGCGGCAAUCGUGCAGGCAACUUUACCAAACAGUGUGUCUCGGGCGGCCGCGCCGCCACGCGGCAUCUUUGCGGAUCGGAUGCAGCGAGACGAAUUGGCGGAUUUGGAGGGCAUGUCCAGUGUGGCUCAAAAGCUGUCGUUCCUGACGCAGAAUCCGGUAAUCUCUGCUAUGGAGCUUCGCAUGGCGGAUCGACAUUGCCUCGACGCGACUCGCACCCUGGAGGGCCUGACUAAACCUCCUCUAAUGUGA